AUGGGUGUCCGUAAGAAGACCAUCUCAAAAACAGAAAAAUCACAGCCUACUAUGCGCACGCUACAGUUAAGAGACGGAAAGACCAUUGGCAGGAAUGGGAAUGAACAUUCUGCUGCUGCGAGUGGUACUGGCAGCAUGACCGAUCAUUUUCCCAAGGGCAAGUCGUCAUCCGCCAAGCGCACCCCUGCCUCCUCCUCCUCGAAAUGGAAGAAGAAGGAUGUUGUUGAUGAAAUCGAUGAAGAUCACGGCGAGGAUGAAGAUGAUGGUGCCGACGAUGACGCUCACGAUCAUGUUGGCUCCGAUGAUGGCGAUCCGGCCGUCUUAUACAACGAUCCUGAUCCUGCUUUUGGCGCUCGGUAUGCCCCUGUCCGGUCUCCAUUUGCUAUUCCACCCAAUGGAUACCCGUACAACCCUUACGGAUACUCCCAGGCACCUUUACCACCAAACCCGUAUUUCCAACAACCCACAGGAUCGGAACAUUCCGCUAUGUACCCUCCUAAUGGCGAGAUGUACUCCUAUCAUCCCUCCGAUCCACGCUAUUAUCGAGCUCCCGCUUUUUCACUCUCUCAUCAACAGUAUUUGCACUCAAACUACUCGGCGCCGUCUAUCGAUCCUUACUCGCGACCACCACGCAGCCCCAAAAAAAAAUCCUUCGCCAAACGCCAAGAUAUAUCGAAUGCCCCCGUCAAAGACUACUAUGAGCCUCAGCAUGAUGCCGUUCCCACAAAUAUCACCUACCAUGAUCCAACGCUGUACGAUCCUGCCACAAGUAACGAUCGCAUUAAGCCAAAAGCUGCAAUCAAGGCAACAUCGGCUCACAACACCAAUACUAUCUCCACCGCGUUUCGAUCAAUCGCUUCAUCUCCCGCAAGCGGUGCCCGUGACACAGCGGAUGCCGCCUUACCCCUCCCCGUAGCUGCGUCUCCCCCGAAGGAUUCUGAGCCCAGUGCUUCUGCAGCGGCUGUCCCUAUCCCCGGAAACCUUGCCUCAUCCGGCACUGGUGUACAGUUCUACACUCUGCAGGACGGCAAUUUUUAUAAUACAGGAGGAUCACUGCCCACAACUUUUGGGGACAAGUCUGGAAACACUGUUCUGGAGUGCCGCCACCAUUGGCCACCUAAAGGACAUAAGCUUUGUCUUGGGAAUGAUGCCGAAAGAUUCAAGUGCCGUCUUUGCUUGGGUCUUCCUCUUCUGAACGGCAUCAACUCUUGGCAAGGAUUGUUGUCCAGCGGUUCGAACGGCUCGAAGAAAUCGAUUGAUCUAUAA